AGUUUGUAAACAUUCGAGCGUGUAAAUGUUGUCUGCUGGAUGUUUUGGUGCGAUAAGUGUUAGCUGUCAGUGUGAUAAAUGCACAAUUGAUUUGAACGGAAUCGACAUUCAUGUAUUCAGGUCAUGGAUCCUGCCGAACGGCAAUAGAGCUACGUUCUACGUAGACGAGUUCGGACUUCGCUUCCGCCGACGCCCGCCUCCGCCGUCGGUGACGUCGUUCUCAUCGACCGACGCCCCCGCCCCGCCCCCAUCGGCACCGACGGACUCGCCACGCGACCCGGACCGAGUGACGUCACCGGUGUGACGUCAUCAGCGUCGUCGGACGCCGCCAGUUGGCCGAUAGUCUCCGCGUGGCUUGGGCCAGAUAGCUGCCGCUCCUGCACGCUGUGGUUGGCUCCGAGAGCUGAGCGAGAGCUCAGGAGUGCCCUGUGGGAGCCAGGAGCGAGAGAGAGGACUGAGGAGGAGCCUCAGGGAGAGUGAGAGGAGCUGGGAGGAGAGGAGGAUCAGCUGCCGCGAGAGGAGGAGAAAUAUAAAGCCAUGCCGAGCACCAGUGCCGAGUACGCUCGUCUACCGGUGACUGAACUGGUCGACGACCUCAGCUCAGAAGAGGAGGACGACCUGUACACCCGACCCCCGCGGAGACAUCGGCACAAGGGCGCCCGAAACGGCAAACCGAGCCUGCAGACGGCGCCGAUGGCGUUCAGAGAGGCGGCGACGCGUCCUGUGAAGCGGUACCAGCUUCUGGACGAGGAGGACGCGCUCGGAGCACUGCAGGCCACGCCGGACAUCCGACAGCCGCGGCCCCUCUCAGUCACCAAGAAGGCGUGUCUCGUCACCGCCUGUCUGCUCAUACUAACCGUGAUUAGCGUGGCCGUGUGGCUGGUUCCCUGCCAGUGGUACGGCUGCAGUCUGGGACUGGGAUCGGGACUGGAGCAAUCCUCCGUCCGCAGGGACUACGAGGUCAUGUUUCCCGGCAUCAUGGUCACCACUCGUCUGCUGGCGGCGCCCACCGUCUAUGUCGACUCGGCAGACGUGGUGUUUGGAUUCCGACGGCAGGACUCCACGGCAGGAGGCCUGAUGGUGGUGGCCUCCUCCAGUGGACAGAAACUCUGGCAACAGGACCUAUAUGAGGCGCCUGUGGACCUGCGGUGCGGCGGUCUGGACCUCAACUCGAACGGCAUCUUCGAGUGUCUGGCCACCGGCGGCUCCAGCAUGAUGGCGCUGGUCAACAUGGACAAACGACGCGUCGAAUGGUAUCUCCACGAGCACAACUCGACCUCGCGGCCCCUGUCGCUGCUGCCGCCGGUGCUGCUCGAUGACCUGACCUCGGACGGGGUCGCUGACCUCCUGGUGGCCGGCCUGCUGCGUGAGGACCCGGACAGCGACGAGCAGGAGCACCAGGGCCCGCCGCGGUCGCAGCUCAUGCUCGUAGAUGGCGCCAGCGGCAUGGUGCUGAACAAGGGCCCGAUCGCCGACUGUCCCGUGCUGCUGCGGCUCUCAACAGUCGAGGACCGGCCCUCGGAUGUCCAGCUGGAGUGUAUGUCUCCGCAAAGUGGAGUGGUGCCGCGGAUUGCACCGCUGACGACGCUCACGGAGCUGCUCAGAACAGACGACAUGCCCAGCGACGUGCGUGUGUUCACCGCUUCAAGUAAAGCUGGUGACACCGACGGCGAUAUGUUCCAAGUUCAGCUGGAGAACGCUGGCGUGUGUCCUCGGUGCCGCGGCCGGCUGACGCUCCUGGAUCCGAGCGGCGCCGCUGUGUGGUCCACCUCUGCCGAGAGGGCCCGACUUCACUCCGUGAGACAGUUCAACCACCGCAACCACAGCGGGGUCGUCUACAAACUGUGGCAGUACCCAGAUACCGACCCGGCUGGCGCGCUGGCCCCGCUGAGACGUCGCCGGCGCUGGUGGCACCUGUCUGAGGAGGAGCCGGAGCGACCCGUGCCGCCGCUGACCUUUGAGGAGGAGGCCUCGGUCACCCAGUCCUCGGAGGGGAUCCUGUUCCGGUACCGGCACCCCGGCCGGGAGGAGGAGGACGCAGCGGAGGACGCGCCGCCGGCGACUCCGGAGCCCGACGACGGCUCUGUUCCCGAGUUUUUCACCGAGUCCGUGCACGUGGUGUGGCCCUCCGCGGACGGGCAGCUCACGGUGCGACAACUGGACAGUGUGCAGAUGACGCGCUUCUGUCGGGGACCGCAGCAACAGCGCUGCCAGCCCCCGGCGCUGGCUGAUAACGUAGUCACAGCGGAGGUCCUGGAUGUCGGUGCGGACGGUGACCUUGACCUGGUGUCGGUGACCUCCCUGUUCGUGCCUGAGGGCGAGGUCGUCAUCCCUCGUCACCGUCACCAGUGUUCCCUGCAGACGCGCCUGCGCAAACGGCAGCUGUACGGACCCCACUGGCGGGAGACGCUGUCAGAGGCUGUACAGCCGACCACGGCAGCGGUGCCAGAGAGUGUGCCUACUGGAGACACCCCGACCGCUCUGUGACGCUGUGGUAGUGGCCACGAGGAUGGGCUUUGUCAGAGACUGUGCUGCAGGGAUCAAGGAAAAACCAUAUUCCGGCGGUAGCUAUGCAAGGUUGGGAUGGCGACGCCACCAACUCUUUGUCAGAUGCUGUACCGCAGUGAAUGUAACUGGUGAGGCAGGAUGAAGUAAAUGACGUCAUGCUGCAGCUGUGUCGUCGCCAAGUGAUCGCAGUGUCGUGAGAGAGACGGUAGAGACCCUGUGAGACUGCUGUGAACCGUUAGGGACGUUCCCGAGUUCAGGAACUCUGAUGUCCCAAAGGCACGGUUAAUAGCACCAUGCGCUUAGGGAGGCUGUCCAUCAACCCUAGGCAGUAUCGCCAACGUUAAUGGGCCUGCAGACACAUUGGAAUGUCGGUACUCGGAAGCGCGCGUUGCUGUCCAUUUGAACGGUAAUGUAACGAACAUUACCUGUAGCUACCUGUGACCCAAAGUGGCGUUAAAAAGUCUUACGGCCCAUAACGGCGUCGCCUGCGCCUACCUAAGUUUGAGCUUUGGAUUCCUGAUAAUGGCCGUUAAUAAUGAUAGACCACGACGUUAAAAGCGGUUCAUGGGCUCUGCUAUGUCGUUUAUUUUCCUAUGCUAGGCUACCAUGGUGGAACUGCAUCCCUGUAGUAUCAACGUAACCAACAGAAACAUAGCCACCAACAUAGCCAGUCAGAUACAUAGCUAAUAGAACGGUCACGCGGCUUCCACGUCGCCUCUGUGAAUCCAAGUUAUUGGAUUUCGUCCUUCUAUGGGAGGUUUGCUUCCUUUUGCUCCGGAGCAGUGAUCCAUUAGCCUUUGUCGUCAAAGGUUGACGUAUAUCAGCAGAAUGGGAGCAUCGGGCUUAGCAGCGACUUCGGGCUUAGCAACGCCAAAUAAACUGUAGAGUGUAUGUGAUGUGAGGUGAUGCCUGUAGUCACAGACUUUUCUGCAUAGAGAAGUCUGUCUUGUAGCUUAUCCAUUGUGUUGAAAAUGUAAUGGUUAAAUGCCUGGCAUCAUUUGCCGUCAGGUGCGCUUUGCGUGCUUAGUGUAUGAUGUGCUAUCGGCUUAACUGUCGCCAGGAGUUUUACUGCUUGCGAUUUGCUUGUGAUUCUUCCAGAUUUGCGUACUUUUUGGAACGGGAUUUUCACACAUGUAAAUUGCAAUGACAGUGUAUGAAAAUCUCCGCGCUGCCAGCUUUAUAUCUAGUCUACCGUUGCCAUGUGCAUUGUCCACUAGCUUGUAUGCAUGCGAUUGGUAUUUACAUUACGAGGGGCCCUAGUGUUUGCCUUGCUGAGUGCUGAUGCAUGAUAAAAUGUCACAAAGGUCAAUAGUCACCUGCGUUAUUGUGCAAUCUGUUUUUCUUUCACUGACAAAAUGUUGCUCAUUCCGUUAUUUAAUCUUGUUGACUUGUCAUAACGAUCAUUGAACACUUUGCAAUGCUUAAGUGGUUGCUGGCUCAUAUGAUCGCCAAGUAUUUAUGAUUAAGCAUGAUUUAGUCAGUGAUGUUGUUCGUUUUAGUUCCGUUUCAUCGCAUUGAUUUACAGUCCCAAUCGUGUUUCGAUCAACCACUUCUGUGCAGCUAAUUGUGCAUCUUUGAGUCCCAGGUGUAACCGCCUGCAGUGCUGCCACCGUCACCCGCUUUCCGUAAGACAUUCCAGCCGCCCCUGUCCGAGUUAUGUGCAGCUACUGCUGGUGUCAUUGAUCUCCAGCGGCUGCCGACGCCGGCUCCUGGUGAAGCCGGGGUCAGAGGUGCGAUUGAUUUGUCCCGGGUGGUGGGGAGAGGUCAUGAUAGGGGUCAGGCGUUCAGGACGGAGCUUCCAGAGGCAGUGGUGAGAUGGUUAGGGCAGCAAAAGUCUGGAAUGGUAUGUGGUUGUGUCAGAGAUGAGUGUUGAAUUCCUUGUCAAACGUUGCCAUGCAAAAUAGACUGUGAUAUGAAUAA